AUGACAGCAAUCUCUUCAUGGCUCGGGCAGCUGCGUCGCUAUCGGAAUGAGUAUUUGGCGGCCAUCACCGGAACCCUGUCCAUUUUCAUGGUCGUGUGCACUAAUGCGUGGUCGUCGCCCGCCAUGCCGAAGCUGCUCGCCGAACCGGAUCCGCCCGUCUCGAUUACGCCGGACGCCGGCUCCUGGAUCGUGUCGAUUCAGUCGAUUGGUGGCAUUUUCGGUAUGAUUAUCGCUGGGCUCACGGUGGACCGCUUCGGGCGCAAGUGGCCCUUCAUCGGCAGCGCGUUCCCGAUUAUUGCCGGCUGGACCAUGAUCGCCCUGGCCCGCGCCCCGCUGUUGCUGUACGUGGCCCGCUUCCUGUUCGGCGUUUCGUACGGAAUUGCGUACGGCAUUGCCCCGAUCUACAUCGGCGAGAUUGCCUCGGACAGGGUGCGUGGUGCCACCGCCUCGUUCAUCACGAUGAUGGCCAAGCUGGCAAUCCUGUUCGAGUACUCGGUCGGUCCGUACGCGAGCUUCGAAACGCUGGCCUGGCUGGGAUUGCCCGGGGCCGCCCUUUUUCUGUGCACGUUCGUGUGGAUGCCAGAGUCACCUCACUAUCUCCUCGGCAAGGGACGCUCGGAUGAGGCGCACCGGUGUCUGCGCUGGCUGCGACGCCACUCGGAGGUUGAGGACGAGCUCGCGGCCACCAAACGGUCCGCCGAACGGGCGGCCAGCGAAGGCACCUCGAUGGGGGACCUCUUUCAGCCGCGGUAUCGCAACAAUCUCAUCAUAGUAUUCAUCUUAGGCGUCGGCAUCAACCUGACCGGCAUGCAGGCCAUCCUCAGCUACGCCCAGACAAUCUUCGCCGGCAUCUCCAGCGAUCUGACGCAGGCCGAAAUGUCCAUUGUGCUCGGCGCGGUCCAGAUGCUGACCGUGCUGUUUCCGGUGUUCUUCGUCGACCGGCUCGGACGCCGGCCGCUGAUGCUGUGGUCUUCCGCUAUCAGCACCUUGGGGAUGCUAAUGGGAGCCAUCUACUUCACGCUCGAUGCCGCCGAUGUGGCCGUCAAGCCGUACGGCUGGGUAUCCUUCGUCGGGCUCGUUGUGUUCGUCGUGUCGUACGCUUUCGGGCUCGCGACGGUGCCCUUCUCGAUACUGAGUGAAAUAUUCCCGAAGAAUAUUCGUGCGUACGCCAAUGCCCUGUUUGGCAUUCUUAGUGGGGUCGUCAUCUUCGGCGUGGUGAAACUUUUUCAAGUGGCUAUCGACAAUGUGGGUGCGUACCUGCCGUUCUGGGUGUUCACCGUGAGUGCCGCGUUGACGUUUGUGUUCGUGUUCCUGUACAUCCCCGAGACGAAGGGUCGCAGCUUGGACGAGGUACAGGACAUUAUUGCCCGCUGGCGAACAGGGAAAGAGAACAAAGUUCCAAAAAUUGUCGUAACUGUGGUAGAAUGA